UUUAGGAUUGGAAUUGCAAUUUUGGAUAUUCUAAGUAUCUCUGUUGCGUACUGUGAGCCCGCCUUGCAUGUUGAAGACUUCUGCUAAUCCUAACAAAACGCCACAGUCAGUGAGUGCCCGAAGCAUUUCGAGCGCAGUAAGCAGCUAUAAGCAGCCACCCAGCAAGGGACCUCGGAUGCUUUCCAUGAGGAUGGCAACCAGUGUGUUGUCUGCAGUGGUCCUACUUGGACUUAGCCAUGUUGCGGAAGCAGUGACAUGUGGCGACUUGAAGACCUUCUACAAGGGCCAGCAGUGCUGUGGAUCAUCCAGCAAAGAGUUGACUGUCACCGUGCCCGGCUGUCCUUACAACUUCAACCCACCAGCUUGCAACAUGGCAGAGCCCCAGACGCCUCGAGAUUUGAGCACUGGAGCACAAGGUCAGAUGACACCCAAAGCAGCGACGCUCACUGAUGCGCAAGCCAAUUUCCUACCGUUGGUGAACGUGCACUUCCACUAUGGCGCUGAGCACAAGAGUGAUAGCUACCAGAACGGAACAGACUCAGAAGCUUAUGAUGCAUCUUCGGGUCGUCGUCUUGCCAGCAAUCCUCGCCCUGGCUGGAUGUGUGCAACCGACACUUUGUCAUCUUCCCAGAUGACUCCCUACACUUUCCAGUACUGCAAGGGUGAUGUGCAGGUUGGCAAGUCAUAUGAGGUCCACUAUGUGCACUCUUCUGCUGGUGUGGACUCGGAUAUGACUGAUGGCAUCAAUGCUGACGAUUUGGCAGAUGGCUUGGGAGGUGCUGCCAAUGGCCGUGGCAUUCUGAACCCCAUGGUAGUGGUGCAGGGCCAGGUCUAUCAGAUUGUGUCGGGUGGCCCUACUGUUGAUGACUUGCUGCACGGGUGGACCGUCGUGGGUCAUGAGAACUCGGUGAUGUAUCCUGGUUCAACCACAGGGCAGUCCUGGGACAAUUCCGUGUGCUCUCCUUAUGCCAUUACCUGGCAUGUUGACAAGGAGUGUCAUCAGGUCUCGCCCGAGUCCUUUGACAAUCUCUGCAAAGUGAUGAAAGAGACCUACAACAUGGAGGCUGACUUGUAUCCUCACGGUUCCCGCAAGCUUGUGGAUUCCAAGUUUGUGGUGAAAGCAGAGUAUGUGAAGCCCUUAGCUUAAGACCUGGCAUGGAGUGCAGGUCUGAAGCAUCCAGUAUAGCUGAUUUUUUAGCCUGAAUUCUGUUUUUGCGCUAGUUUUCACAGAGUUCAUGGGCCCUGCGUUCCCUUUUUCGACUUUCUAAAGGCCUUAGAGUUUCUAAGUGCUGCCGGCCUAGUCAGGUCGGAGUUGGCAUACAUCUCUUUUCCGACAAACUGUUUUCUAAAUAGCUUUACUCGACAAGGCGCGGCUAAGCCGCAACUUCGCAAGGGGAGAGUUGUACUCUCUAUGCACUCUCUGCUUGCUGUCGAUAGGUGAUGAUAGUAUGAGCAUGGUUGGAGUACACAAAUGCACAAGGGCCUUCCAUUGCCUUCUUUAGAUAUUUGCUUCCGGACCUUUCGUUUGUGUUGUUCACCAUCAAAUUAUUGAGUGGCAAGGUUAGGUCAGCUUUCUGCAAGAUAGCAAGCUCUAGAAUAAUCAGUUCAAGGUAAUUCUCGAAGCUUUUUGAGCGCAGCAAGCAGCUAUUCGGUGAAGCGAGCUAGCAUCAUGAUGGCGGCUGGUGCAUUGCCAUUGCUGGUUUUGCUUGGGCUUGGCCAGUUGGUCGUUGCAGACAUGUGCCC